GGGGGUACUCUGUGGAGAGGUUUGAGAACCACUGCUCUAGUGGACGCAAUACAACAAAGCCGGGAGAGUGUCUACCUCAAUCAUAUGGAAGUAGAUCGUGUACCAGGUCCUGUAACAGUGACUCUCUGUCCCAACAAUGAGAAGCGCUGCAGCAAUGGAUGUGGACGAUACUGUACGGCUCAAUAUACAGUGAAGCCGGGUCAAUAUCCCAAACCGAAGAACAUUCCAAAGUGUGCUGAAAGCUGUUUCCAUGAUGGCCAGUGUCCUGCCACACAGAAAUGUUGCCCAACCACUAGUUGCCGAGCAUGCAGUGAUCCAUGUGGUCAGGGAGGUUGUCAAAGAAAUGAUCAGGGAAAUAGCGGUCAGGGAAGCGGCCAGGGAAAUAGUGGUCAGGGAAGCGGCCAGGGAAAUAGCGGUCAGGGAAGCGGCCAGGGCCAGGGAAAUAGCGGUCAGGGAAGCGGCCAGGGAAGUAGUGGCCAGGCCCAGGGUAGCAGUCAGGGAAGCGACCAGGGCCAGGGUAGAGGCCAGGCCCAGUGUGGUAGUCAGGCCCAGGGAAGCGGCUAUGGUAAAGGAAGCGGCCAGGGAAGCGCUUAUGGCCAGGGAAGCAGUCAGGGAAGCAGCUAUGGUCAGGGAAGUGGUCAAGGUAGCAGUUAUGGUCAGGGAAGCGGCUAUGGUCAAGGAAGUGGCCAAGGUAGCGUCUAUGGCCAGGGAAGCGCUUAUGGCCAGGGCAGUGGUCAGGGAAGUGGUCAAGGUAGCGGUUAUGGUCAGGGAAGCGGCUAUGGUCAGGGAAGUGGUCAAGGUAGCGGUUAUGGUCAGGGAAGCGGCUAUGGUCAGGGAAGUGGUCAAGGUAGCGGUUAUGGCCAGGGCAGUGGUCAGGGAAGGGGCUAUGGUCAGGGAAGUGGUCAAGGUAGCGGUUAUGGUCAGGGAAGCGGCUAUGGUCAGGGAAGUGGUCAAGGUAGCGGCUAUGGUCAGGGAAGUGGUCAAGGUAGCGGUUAUGGUCAGGGAAGCGGUUAUGGUCAAGGAAGCGGCCAGGGUAGUGGCUAUGGUCAGGGAAGUGGUCAGGGAAGCAGCUAUGAUCAGGGAAGUGGUCAGGGAAGCGGUUAUGGUCAGGGAAGUGGUCAGGGUAGCGGUUAUGGUCAGGGAAGUGGUCAGGGUAGCGGUUAUGGUCAGGGAAGCGGUCAAGGAGAUUGUCAGGGAUGUGGUCAUUGAAAUGGCUAUGGCAGUUUUGCAUAACACCUACUGAACAUCUUUUAAAUUCAGUGCUUUAUUUAUAUGGCAUGUUUUCUGAGAUUAGAGAGGAUUCUGUCACUCUCCACCCCCCUCCUCAAAUAAAAAGAAAUUGCUUGAUUGAAGA